GCUGAGGCCCUUGAGGUGAUCAGCGUAGAUGGCACCGAACCUUGGAAGUCCCAGAGGAGGGAGGAGAGGAGGGAGAAGAGGAGGGAGGCGAGGACCACCACAACAACUUCAACUCCGAUUUGGAACAGUGGUGCUGGCAUUGUCGGCAUCAAGCUGAAUGGCAAGGGCGAUUUCGCAGCUUUUUGGGCUGGGCUGGCCACAGAUAUUGCCCUUCUGGUAGGUUGCUACAUUGCUUUCUUGAUCCUCCGGAAAAUAUAUCCUAUGAUGUAUCAGGCAAACCAGGAGAGUUUUGACAAACUGAAGGAGGGUCGGCUCAAGCUGACAGAGAGCAUCUUUGCUCCAGUCAUGGCCAGCUUCAGAAUCAGCGUCGACGAUGUGAUCGAACUCGCAGGGCUUGACCAUGGUAUGCUCAUUCAGUUUUCCAUUUUUGUCAUGAAUCAGAUGCUGCUUAUUGGCAUUCCCGCACUGCUUGUGCUGAGUCCUUUGUAUGCCUUCAGUGGUGGACAUGCUGCAAAUAGCCGCCUGAGUUCUAUUGGCUUCGCAAAUGUCAAAGAGAGAAGUCUAAUUUGUUAUCCAGUGGCUGGCUUUGUGUGGUACGUGGUCCUUGUGACGCAGAUCCAUGUCUCCAGGGUCCAGGAGAAGGAAUUUAUGCAGAGACGCAAAGCAUGGCUGAUGCGGAUGCCUAUGCCAAGAUCACAUACUGUACUCGUUGAGAGUAUCCCUUUUGAGUACCGAAGUGUAUCGCUUUUGACCAGUUUUUUCGAGGAAAUCUUUGGUGCAGGAUGCCUGAAAGACGUGAGCUUCAUACGGCAAUGUGGAAUGCUCCAGUCAUGCAUUAGAACCCGAGACAAUUGCAGUCAAGACCUGCACGAAGCAGAGUUUCAAUGGGACAAAUCAGGCGAAGUGGACUCCGAGCGAAAGGCCAAACUGGAGACUGCCUUGGACGCAGCUGUCACCAAGGUCGACGAGGAGCGAGAGAAGGCCCUGAAAACAGAUGAAGGCAUCAGUGGAUCUGCCUUUAUCACCUUCAAGGACCAGAAGCAGAGCAUUAUGGCCCUCAACAUGCGAUACACCGCAGAUGAUGAGGAAUUUGUUGUGUCCGUGCCCCCUGAUCCUGGAGAUGUGCGCUACAAUGACCUCGAGAUGGAUCCACGCAAAGUGGCCGCGACCCAGAUGGUGGGUUAUGGUCUGAUUGCGGGAAUUUUCUUUGGCUUCAUUCCGAUAGUGGCUGGCAUCACCAACCUGCUCACAUUGGAAAGUGUGAGCAAGAUUAGCUUCCUGAAUGACUUCUUUAGCCGCAAUCCCAGCAUGGCAGCCUUGUGGGAUGGAUUGGCAAGCAGUAUCGGACUCAACUUGUUCAUGUCCUUCUUGCCCACAUUUUUGGUGAUGAUUUUUAGCGCUUGCUUCGCUCUCAAGGCAGAUGCCUGGGAACAGCACUACAUUCAGCAGUGGUAUUUCUACUUCCUGGUGGUCUACGUGCUGCUGGUGACAGCGGUGGGCACGUCGCUCUGGGAUAGAGUUCGAGAGCUGGUAGAGAAUCCAACUGCGAUUCUUAAGAUGCUGGCGCAGUCACUGCCUGCAGCCACCCAUUUUUAUUUGAACUACGUGCCCCUGCAGUGGGGUACCCAUGGCACAAACAUGCUGCGCUACAUGAACCUCUUCAAGUUCCUGGGAUUCCGAAAGGUCUGCUCGGAGGAAACUGCUCGAACGAAAGCAGAACCGGAAGAUCAAGACUACUACGGCAUGGGCUCGCGAAGUGCGCGUCACACCUUGAUUGCGGUGACGGGCCUGGUCUUCUGCACGCUGUCGCCACUCAUCACGGUGCUGUGCUUCGUCAAUGGCGCCGUGUGUCGCUUUCUGUACUCCUAUCUUUUUGUUUAUUCAGAGACAAAGAAGGCUGACUUGGGAGGAGUCUUCUGGAUCACCCAGCUGCGCCACAUUCAGCAGGGUGUGUUAAUCUACAUCAUUCUCAUGACUGGCGUUCUUCUCGAGCGUGCAAACAGCAUCAUUCCGGGGGUUAUUGCGGCUUUCCGGCCGCAGCAAGAUCAGUGGGCCGAUUUGAGCCAGGUUUUCAGUGCAAAAAUCACAGACCCUUAUCCGUUCCUUUGGGAUGGGUUGGGCACUGCAUCCCGAACCCAGGGAAGCAGCGCUGUAGUUUGGUUGUACACCUAUCGUCGCUUCAACCACGCCUUCCACCUGGAGAACCUUCCUCUGAAAGAUAUCAAGGCUUCUGCUUCUGUGGAAAAGCGCCUGUCCGUCAAGAAGCAAUAUGUGCAACCUGAAUUGAUCCACCACGAAGAUAGCCCAAGGGCAAGAAAGGACAAAUGAGAUUCGCGGAGCCAAAGCGCUCGCCAGUCACCAACCUUCUUCCAAGAGGGUUGGGUGGCAAGAAAGACUCGUAGACUGUCCCGGACAAUAUGCUGCUCCUGAGGGAAGUGGUUGAUAUGCUUCGCAGCUUUGAGAAAAGGGUCAUGGCGGAUGCUGUGCAGGGCCAGUUU